ACCGCUCUCAUCCCUAAAAACAUAUUCAUCUUCUUCUUUCCAUUAGACCUAACCCUAAACCAUUUCACCCACUUUCUCUCUCAAGAAAUUAUUCAUCAAUCGAUCUAUUUGAAAAGAAAAAAUGGUGGCACCUUGAUUCACUCACUACAGAAAUGGAUCACAGCCGUCCACUUCCACCUCCUUUUCGAGAUCUCCAACUUCACCACUCACCUUUUCAAUUCCAAACACACCACCACCAACAAACUCCUCCUUCCGCCGCCUCCGACGACGAACACAGCGGAAGCGGCGGAGCAGCCGGCAACAAACGCGAUCGAGGUGAUGAUAGUAGCAACGCUUCAGACGGAAGCAAAGAACUAACCGGAGGAGGGGGUCGAGGAGGAUCGGGAGAGGUUUUAAGAAGGCCAAGAGGCCGACCAUCCGGAUCCAAGAACAAACCAAAGCCUCCUAUCAUAAUCACUCGUGAUAGCCCUAACGCUCUCCGUAGCCAUGUGAUGGAAGUGGCUAACGGAUGCGAUGUUAUCGAGAGUGUUUCUAUCUUCGCCACUCGAAGGCAAAGAGGGAUAUGUGUUUUGAGUGGUAGCGGCACGGUGGCGAAUGUAACCCUAAAACAACCGGCGUCUCCGGGAGCGGUUGUGGCUUUGCAUGGUAGGUUCGAGAUUCUCUCCCUCUCGGGUUCGUUUUUACCACCACCUGCUCCGCCCGCAGCAUCUAGUUUGACUAUUUAUCUGGCGGGCGGACAAGGGCAGGUGGUGGGUGGAACAGUUGUGGGCCCGUUGAUAGCUUCGGGUCCAGUGAUAAUAAUGGCAGCCUCUUUUGGAAACGCCGCUUAUGAGAGACUUCCAUUAGAGGAUGAGGAACCGUCACCAAAUGGGGCUCUUAAUUCGUCCCCUCCGCAACAAAAUGUCGAACAACAACAACACGGGGAAGGAAAUGCACCGUCGCUAAUUCAUGGUUUGCCUUCGAAUCUUAUAAAUUCGUGUCAAUUGCCAACCGACGGUUAUUGGGGAACAGGUCGUCCUCCCUUUUGAUAUUUUGUUUUUUGCUUAAUUAGAUGAUUUGCUGCCAAGCCUUGAAUUACUUGCAAUAUUAU